UUGUUGAAUUAUGUUAGUAUUAUCCAAACUUGUUGCGUGUACCGUUUAAUCUUCUUUUCUAUCUGGACUUUUGUGGUUCUCGUUCUUGAAUGAUUGGUUUUUCAUUCUUUUUCCCCUCUUACUCUGUUUUAUAUCAUUUAUCAACUAUGUUGUGGCAGUUGCUUGCGGUUGUUUUGGAUGGUAGUUGAUUUUUGUUCUAAAUGUGUCGAAGAGGAGUGUAAUGGCAGCAUCUGAAUUGAGGGCUGUCUGGCAAAGAACAGCUAAUCGUUGCUUUGUCCAAGAAGAUGCCAAAAGAGCUCCCAAGUUAGCUUGCUGUCAAUCAUCAUCUUCCUCUAAACAGACUGAUUCUAGCCCCACUGGUGUAGCAGAUGCACGUGAACACCCUGCAGUAGGUUUCAUGCCUCUCAACAAGAACCCUUCCUAUUCCAAUCUACCCCCUGAUAUGAGGUGGUGGCUCCAGCUUCAGCCUAGCUAUGGACCCCAAAAGGGUUUAACAAAUGAGCAGUUAAAUGCCUUGGAGGAUGAAACAGAAAGCUUGAAGGAUGAAAUAAACUCCCCCUCCGAAGUAAGUUUAGUUCUUCAGCAGGAUGCACAAGGUGCUUCUGGUGUUGACAGAAAAAGGAACAAUGGAUGUUCUCUUGAUUCAACAGAGACAAUGAAAAACGGGGAAUUUUUGGAGAUAGAAUCUGUUGAAUGCUAUGUUUCAAAAAAAACCAAUGACUUCUGUUAUGAUCCAGAGUCUCCCUGGGAUGGGCGUGGGAAGGCUGGGCCAUGGUGGCGCACAACAGAUAAGGACGAGCUGGCCUCCUUGGUUGCACAAAAGUCGCUGGACUUUAUUGAGAAUUGUGAUCUUCCCCCACCACAAAAGUCGCAUGUAAGGAGGUACUCAAAUGCAAGUUCUGGUUCUUUUGACGGUGGUGAAGUAUCUUCUUUGGCUUGGAAGUCCCAAACAGGCCCUCUCCCCAGUCUAAUCAUUAAUGCACAAGCCUCCCCUGAUCCUGUAAGAACACAUGGAAGACAGAUGUCUUCAGUUGGAGAAGAAAAGAUGCAAGGUGCUUCUGACACAUCGUUCAGUACAACCCAAAAGGAUAUUAUAGAGCAAGUUACAGAGUCUGAUCCUACCAAGGCUCAGCUACUAGAAGCACUUUGUCGCUCACAAACACGUGCAAGGGAAGCUGAGAAGGCAGCAAAGGAAGCCCAAGCAGAGAAGGAGAAUGUCAUCAAGCUUUUCUUCAAACAAGCCUCACAACUCUUUGCCUAUAAACAGUGGUUCCAAAUGCUGCAGCUAGAAGCCCUUUAUGUCCAGAUCAAGAACAACGAGCAGCCAGUCUCCACUCUCUUUCCUGUAGUCCUUCCAUGGACACCCUACAACAGUCGGAAAUUGCGGAAGAGCUGGCAAAAAACUGGAAAACGUAGACAAGGGAAGCGGGGCCACCCUAGACCGGACAUAACCAAGUAUGUUUUUUGUCUUGUUGGUGCUGGUUUGCUGUUGGGAUGGACUGUGGGGUGGAUGUUACCUUUCUAGAUAAUGAGAGAGUUUCAACUAAUCCCCUUGCUGUCAUAAAAUUGUUUUGCAACACAAAAGAAUGGUCGGAUUAUAUUUAUUUUCCAUGUGUACGAACAGUUUUUUUUUUCCACCAAAUUUUACAUGUAUUAGGCCCUGUAUAUUGUAAGUGGCUUUUCACUUUUCUGUAGCUGUUGAUUGGGUGAAAAUGUCCUGAGUCAAAGUAUCUCAAUUAUUUCUCUUUGAUAAAUCCAGCAAUGUAAUGCGAAAUUUGUUCAGUGUCUAUAAAUCGAAUAGUUUUUCGGUACUAAAUCCAUCCUUUUUUCUUAGUAACCUAUGGGUGGUAUUUAUGUAAUUUGAGU